AUGGCCAGGCCACUCCAAUUCAAGUGGGGGCAGAGUUCUGAAAGCACCCCACUCCCAACACCAACAUUCUCCUCUGAAAGUGAGAAGAAGAGACAAGAUGAUAAAGAGGUGUUUGGGAGCAUUCUCAGCAACCUGGAGAAAGGAGGAGGACUGUCCAAGGCUGGGGUUGUGAACCAACCACUGUCUAUGAAGGAGGUGACAGAAAAGAAGUCGAGGAGAAGCGCUCUGGUCAUCGUGGAUCCUAAGGAAACUACGCAAGUAAAAUCCUAUGAAGGAACCAUCAGAGUCACUUUGGAGGAAGCGGCGGCGAAGAAACAACUUGAAGAGGCUGAAGAGAAGAAGAAGAAGAAGAAGAAGAAGAAGAGUAAGGAAAAGAAGGCUGGAGGAGAUGAGCCAUCUCUUCUAAGCAGAGCAGAGAAGAAGAUUAAAGAGAAGAAGGAUGAAGAAGAUGAGGAGGCCAGGCAGAAGAAGAAGCAAGAAAAUAGUGAGAAAAGAAUGCAGGCGGGAGAAAAGGCACCUGAAGAAGGAAGAAGAAAGGAAAAAGAGGGCUGUAAGCCCAGAGCUAGACGGUGA